AGAGGAGAGGACGACGAAGUCGAAGAGGAAGAGGAAGAGGAAGAGGAAGAGGAAGAGGAAGAGGAAGAGGAAGAGGACAGGGAAAUCAAAGAGGGGAUAGCAUUGCACAGAACAAGACUGGACACGCGGAUUCUAGCAUAUCAGGUUACUGUCUACUGUCUGCUGUGAUAAGAUUGGUGGGAGAACUUUUUAUUGGAGUAGCCAGAGGGAUAUAGCAACGUAAAGUGAAAGCCCAAGUUAACAGAGUAUACCAGCGCGCAAUGGAAGGAAUGCAACUGAACGUCGACGGUCGGUACUUGCCGGAAGCUUUGGACUGGGGGUUCGAUCAUAUUCCCAACGAACUUCAUGGCUUGCAACAUGCCAAGGCUGUCGAAACGAGGCAGAAAAGACUGGACAAGGAGGAAGAGGAUGGACCUGUGGCGGCAGAGGCGAUGAGCCAUCGGCGCGACGUUGGAGGGGAUCUCUCGUGCGAGGGGCUGAAGAGUAGGUCGCCAGAAACAUUUGCUGCCAUGUUCUGCUCAAGGUUCGACGAUGAAACUGAGGGGGAGAGGCUAGAGAACGUCUUUGCGAGUGAAAGUUACAACACCGAGCUCGGAUCAAGCGCAGAGAAGGAUAAUCUUGACGAGUGUGGGAAGGAUUGGUUGGAGGGGAAACUGGAUCUGGAUGCAGGAAGCGACGAGGAGGACGAGGAGGACGAGGG